GUCACUUUGAGGUUAUAUCUGUUGUAAACACGUUAAUAUAACGUAUUAAUUUGUUAAUGAUUGAGAAACCUUAUACCUAAUAAUUAAAUUAUGAAACCUUAGAUUCAUUGCUAUAUAACUAUUAAUAUGUGGCGACGAUAUUUGCUGUGGUUUGCUCAAGAACAUGUUGAUUUUCGUCAUGCAGAAAUGCAAAGCAUCCUAUCGAUGUACAAUAUUCCUAUAAAAUUUAUUGAAAAACCAUGUAUUCAGAAGCCCUAUUGGAUAGUGGAAUUUCCAUCAGAUGAAUGUGUUAAGAAAAUUACUUCACGCUCUGUAUUGCUCAAAAACUGUAUAGAACUAUGGUCUAGGGCUAAGACGGAUAGACAAUUACACAUAAACUUGAAGAAAGCUUGGGAGAAUACUUCUAGUAAAUGGAUAAUUCCUGAAAAUUCUGACAGCGUAGCAAGUGAUACACAUAUAUGUCCUAAAGAUUUAAUACAGACAUGCUGUGACUCUGGAUUGUCCUUCAAAAUUGUUGUGGAGACAUUUUGUAAGCAUUUCACUAUGAAGGAAAAAGUUGAGAAAAUUGAGAAUUUCAGUUAUUUACCUCUAGAGGGUCCUGUGAAGCUGAAGAACCCAGAUGUGACACUGUUGUAUGUAGAAUUUUAUGGUGUGGAUCCUAAUAAUGUUCCCGAGCAACCACAUGAUGUCUUCUUUGGGAAAUGGGUGGCAGAUGGUCAACGUGACUUGAUCCAGCAGUACUCGCUAAAGAAGCGUCAGUUUAUUGGCAACACCAGCAUGGACGCGCAGCUGGCUUUCAUCAUGGCCAACCAGGCCCAGGUGCGCGCCGCGGACUUGCUGCUCGACCCCUUCGUCGGCUCCGGGUCCUUGCUUGUCGCCGCCGCACAUUUUGGAGGUUAUGUUUGGGGCUCGGACAUCGACUUCAUGAUGCUACACGCUAGGACGCGGCCCACGCGCGUCGGCCAAAAGGUGCGUACGAAGGAGGAGAGUAUUCGCGGGAACAUGCGACAGUACGGCUCGCAGGCGCGGUACCUCGACGUGGUCGUGAGCGACUUCUCACGUCCCCUCUGGCGGGACUCGCUCCUCUUCGACGCUAUUAUCACUGAUCCCCCGUACGGUGUCAGAGAGCCAGCGGAGAAGAUAGGCAUCGAACGCGAGAACUACACGCUCUCAGAGGACCAGCUGCCGAACCACAUCCCUGCCAAGGUGGAGUAUGGCCUGCCGCAUAUAUACGGCGACCUGCUGCACUUCGCGGCGAGACACCUGCGGCGGGGGCGGAGGCUCGUGUGCUGGUAUCCGCUCGUUAGAGAAGAGUACAAAGAAGAGGAUCUACCGUCUCACCCGUGCUUGCGGCUGGUGGCCAACUCCGAGCAGGUGUUGUCCAAGUUGACAGCUCGGCGGCUGCUGACGUACGAGAAGAUUGACGACGACGUGCCCGCGAGUGUCGACCGUAACGGAGGCGCGCAUAACUUCAGAGAGAAAUACUUUUCAGUAGGCGAGGUAUCGCGACGGGAACGCAAGGAGAAGCAAGCGUUAGAGUUGGCUACCAACCCCUAUUGGAGAGCCGCGCGAGGUGACGUCACGUAAUAUUGGAUAAGAAUAAAUUUAUAUAUAAGG